AUGACAGGUCUCACGACCUUCCCACCGGCUAAUGCGCCCGCCGACCAAGUCCGCACCUACAUCACCCAACUCCUCGUCAACAAAUAUGACGUCCCCGUCGAUGUCGCUGAGAAACAUGCCAGUAAAUGGGAAAUUGGCCGGUUCUCACAACUGACACCAGCCUCUCGAGAGACCCUACAGCGUAUCUUCGGGGACAAUGUCGGUCUGUGUAUUUUCAGUACGCUCCAGGAGGAUCUAACCGAGGUCAUGAAUAAAAGACCAUCGGCAAUUCUCAGCAGUUCGAAAUCAGCAACAGGAACCGAAUGGUGA